AUGUCCAGCCUGGGACGCCUGCUCCUGCUCCUGCUUCUGGCAGGACCGCUGUCACCCUCCUCGUUGCCACCACUGGACACCCCAGAGGGCAAGGCCACCAUUGCCAGCCUCAUCCUCUCAGCAUUGGAGAGAGCCACCUUCUUCUUAGAGAAGAGGCUGCCCGACAUCAACCUGGACGGCGUGGUGGGGUUCCGGGUGCUUGAAGUGCAGCUGAAAGGUGUUCAGGAGGAGUGGGCCCAGGACCCCCUGCUGCGGCCGCAGAGUCUGCGAGUGGGGAAUCUGAUGCGGGAGCUGGAACCUCUCCUCCACAGAUCCAUUUCCUACCUCAAGCUGAGUGACCCCCGGUACCUAAGAGAGUUCCAGCCAACCAUCCAGCCUGGAUUUUGGAAGCUCCCACACGUCUGGACACACACCAACACCUCCAUGGUAUACCCCAUGCUGGAGAUCCAGGACUCCUUCUCAGAGGAACACAGCGACCAGUGCCUAGUGCAGCUGCUGGGAACAGGGACAAACAGCAGCCGGCCCUGCAGGCUCUCAGACUUCUGCAGGACCCUCAUGACCAAGCCUGGCUGCUCAGGCUAUUGCCUGUCCCACCAGCUGCUCUUCUUCCUCUCGGCCAGAAUGAAGGGAUGCACAAGGGGGCUGUUCCACCAGAGCCAGCGCUACAUGGACCUGUUCUGCGCCAACAUGAUGGACAUGAACCACAGGGCCGAAGCCAUUGGAUACCCCUACCCCGUCCAGGACAUCUUCAUGGAAAACAUCAUGCUCUGUGGAAUCAGCGGCUUCUUUGACUUCUACAAGCUUCGGUGGCUGGAGGCCAUUCUCAGCUGGCAGAAGCUGCAGGAAGGAUGCUUUGGGAGACCUGAUACUGAAGAUGAGGGAUUCUCUAACGCCAUCCAGCACCAACAGCAUGCUCCGAGGAGAGUAAAGAGGAGAGAAAAGCUCUUUGCAGAUGGCUGCUCCUCCCACAACACAGCCAUGGCCGUGGCAGCCCUGGGUGGCUUUCUCUAUGCCCUGGCACAGUACCCUGCAGCAAACGGAGAGCUGCAGCAAGCCACACUGUCACCACCAACAGCCACUGA